CGGUAUCGGAAGGAAUAGGGAAAGAAAAAGAAUAAAGGGAUUUGAGACUAACAACGAUAAUCUCAGAUCUCCCGAGCCGGAAAUACACCAGAAUGAAGCCCACACUUCUGGAAACUUCACACGUGAUGUCGACCAAAUUCAAUUGAGUUAUUCCCUCAGCUGGCCAGCUACCCCGCUGCGGUUGCUCUACUCGGGAGGACUUCCAACGUGUCCACUUGGUGAUGGGUUAUUCAGGGAAGCCAUCGUCGGCUUGCGGUCCCUGUCGUGCGAGACGGGCCAAGUGCGAUAGAAAACACCCACACUGUACACAAUGCGCUCGCAAGUGUAUCCCCUGUUCAGGGUAUAGAGAUCUCAGUGGCCUGGUAAUACGGGAUGAAACCCAAACCGUGGCUCAAAAAGCCCGGAGACGGCCAAGGACAGGGCCACAGUAUAGCUCGCCAGCGUUGAUCGGCCCCAAUGGUUCCGGGUUGAGGAUACGCCAUACUCCAGAAUACAACUCUUUUAACAAUAACGAAAGCUGCAUAUCAACUGCAGAAUUUGUCUCAGUUCCCAGAUCCUUAGCCCAGCCACUCGAAGAGGUGGCAAAUGCGUUCUUUGUAAACAUCUAUUUGCCUACCUCAAGGUUUUCUUUCCUACUUGAUCACUACUAUACCUUUAUUAAUGCCCAGCCCAUACCUCCCGCUAUUCAGGCGGUAGCCUUUGCCUACCUACACGUCGAACGUCCGUCCCAAGCGGUAAAUCGAGCGGCACACAGGUCCUAUUGCACUGCCAUUGCUGAAACCAAUUCUGCAUUAUCCAAUCCAUCGAUGGCAAGACUAGAUUCAACAUUGAUCUCAGUUCUCCUUCUGGGCCUUUUCGAAUCCCUUAUUUUCCGCGAUCGCUACUCCGUCUCUUCGUGGGCAGCUCAUUCACAUGGCGCAUGGGCCUUGCUCCGCUUACGGGGAUGCCGUCAAUUGAACAGCCCAGAAGGACGAUCUCUCUUGUCCCAUAUCUCCACAAAUAUCCGAUCAAUAUGUUUACUAGGAUCCAAGCCAGUGCCAUGCGACUUGUUGCGGCUGGAAUCUGACAAUUGCUUCCCCGAGAGGGAUUCGAACCGGGCAUUUCAUAUCAAUGACAUUCUGAUGAACCAGCUACCCCAAAUGCUUUCUGCCAUGCGGAAGCCAAUUACAUCAACCACUGCGUGUCUGGGGCUGAUCAAAGACGUAAAAGAAUUUGAGGAGCAAUUGGUUCAGAUCUGCCCUGGCCUAGAAAGCUGUAUCAGUAGCUACCAGAACGGCUUCACACGCGGGACAAGCAACAGGAAGGCCAUCAAAACAUGGCUAAUUGUACAGAUGCUACGGUGGUCCCUAAGCAAAACGCUUAGAAUGAAACUGCUCUCGCUCGUUGCCAAGAGUGAUACCUUCGGCAUUGAUGUAUCUUAUUUUACGCAAGAGUUGGAAAUAAUACACAAAAAGGUCAAGGAUAUUACCUCAGACGUCUUAAAGGCCGUGCCACAACUGUUAAAUCCUUCUAUGGAAGGCGCAGCUAUGAGUGGGCGCUAUACUCUCUGGCUUCUGGCUGAACUAGCAAAUGCCGAGUCUUGCCCGGAAGCCAGGCGCACAUAUAUUCUGCAUCAGUUAAGAAAUCUUAAGGUGAGAUACAAUCUACAGCCCGCGGAGGAAGCGGCAAAAAUGUCAGAAAGAACAAUCUCUUUAGAAAGAUGGCUCCUUCUUUGUCUCUUAUCCUGACACGUACGCAUCUAUAUAACCUAUUUUCUAAUCUAAGUUAAGCAAUGCUUCACCGAAUAUUAUUUGGGAUAUCAGCAGAUGGGUGCAGAUAUUGCCUACGACAACUCGUUUCUACACCCGAUAAUUCCCAUGUGACGUCGGUGUUCUAUGUCGACACUGUAAGAUACGAGCAACUCAACCUCUGUUUCGAGUUAUAAGCGACGCAUCAGGCCUCGCAAAAUCACUAUUCCUGUCUCUUGCGACCACCACGCCGUAGGCGGACUCUAACUAUAUGCCAGGGCUAGAGCUACAAACAAUAGUUUCCGCAACAUUAUUGCACGCCUUGGUAACUAAGAUCCUCUAAAUGGCGUCUCUUCCUCCACAGAUCACAGUGGG